GCUCCGCUGUUCACCUCCCCUUUAAAACGCAACACUUCGCUUCCCGUUCCCCCAGCUCCGGCACUUUCCCCAUUCGUCGCCAGCCUCCCUCCCUAGCCCCCUUCCUCUUCCGCUGAGAACCGAAACCCUAGCCAGUUCAAUGGCGUUGGCGGCUGCGGCGGCGGCGGCAGCGCUGUUCGUCGCGGCGGCCGUGCUGUCGCCUGCCUCCGUGGCGUCGGCGUCCAAUUCCGAGGGCGACGCGCUGUACGCGCUGCGGAGCGCGCUCGCGGACCCGCGGGGCGUGCUGCAGAGCUGGGACCCCACCCUCGUCAGCCCCUGCACCUGGUUCCACAUCACCUGCAACCGCGACAACCGCGUGACCCGCGUUGAUUUGGGCAACUCAAAUUUAUCAGGUCAUCUUGUUCCUGAAUUGGGACACCUCGAGCAUCUGCAAUAUUUAGAGCUGUACAAAAAUAAUAUUCAGGGCACUAUCCCAGCUGAGCUUGGGAAUCUAAAUAGCCUUAUUAGCUUGGACUUGUAUAACAACAACAUAACAGGGACAAUACCAAAAGAACUCGGCAAGCUGAGAUCCUUAGUAUUCCUACGACUUAAGGACAACCACUUGACUGGUCUGAUUCCAAGGGAGCUGAAAAAUAUCUCUAGCCUCAAAGUGAUAGAUGUUUCAAACAACGAUCUCUGUGGCACAAUUCCAACUACUGGGCCUUUUGAGCACAUACCCUUGAGCAACUUUGAAAACAAUCCAAGGUUGGAGGGCCCAGAGUUGCAAGGGCUUGCAGCAUACGACACAAACUGCUGAAAGUGCUGAGUCGUUCCCUUUCGCCUGUGCUACAUAGAUGACUAGCGGAUGAACUUUAUCCAAGUCCUGUUUCUUGUAAAAGUGUAAGCGGCACAUGGCUGAAUCUUCAUGCUAGCAGUGUAGAUAAUAUUUAUGUCAUCAUGGCUGAGGUCCUCAGAGCUGGUAAUGCCAUUUAGUGUAUGGUUUCCUUAUGAACCAGAACCAAUGAUAUUAUCGUUGUAGCUUCAUAAUGAAAUCUGUGUUGUUCAGCGUUU